AUGCUGUUGAUUACAUCAAUUAUUUUAUGGUUAGUGUCAUCAGCGUUAGCAGUCUUCAUCAAUGAGAAAGUACAUAAUAAAGAAAAACAAUUACUGAUUUUAAAGCAACCACUUGGGGAUCAGUCAGAGGUCAAAUCUGAGAACAAGUCAGCCUACGUCUUCUUCGCUGACCACACUUUUGAACAAAAAAUUCGAGCUGAAUUAGGUUUGGAUGGAAAUGGAUACUUUGAAACGAAUGCAGUGAAAUUGAAGCUAAAAAACUGUAGCAGUGAACAUGUGAAUAAGAUCUCAUCAAUAUCAACCUUUGUAUCAGCCUAUAAUAAAUCAAAUUCUGAAGAUAGAAAAUGCAAAUGUGAAAGAUGUUGCAAAGUUUUUGAAUAUCCCCCAAACAAAGAUUAUCUUCCAAUGAAACCAGUAAUGAGAACUCCAAAACAAAGACAGCAAUUUGAAACAGAAGCUGAUUAUGUUAUAAUGCAUGAACCAAAGUCACUUAUGGAAUCUGAUGAAGAAACAGAAGACAGAAGAACAGAAUCUAAUAAACAAAAAUACUGCAUGCUUCUAGAAGUCGAAAAAAAAGUCUUCGAAGUCGACGAGUUUCAAAAAUUACCGGAUGUAUCUGAAGAAAAUUGCAAUUCUAAUUAUAAUAAGGACAAAUCGAAGGUUGCAAAACUUUUAUUAAGUAACAACGAUUUGCAAACACUUGAUACUUUCUCAAAUCUUGUGAAUACGAGGUUUGUAGAAAUUUCUGAUGACGAUGACCUUGGAAUACUGAUUGAAAAUGUGAACAAUAUGAUAGAAGAAAGUAUUGAUGCUUCCGGAAUGAACAAAUCAUCAUCAAAUAUGACAAAAAAUGAUUGGGUCAAAGUUAUUCUACUGGAAGCCAUAAUGCAUCUAUUGUUUAUUAUUGCACUGUGUUCAAUAAAUGUACACUUCAUUUUCGCUACACCACCAAUAGUUACAGACAAUAUUGAGGAUGAAAGCAGCCAAAUAACACGAAAUUCGACAGGAAAAAUUAAUGCCACUCGAGUUCAUUUCAAUGAAUCCGUUACUGUCAUUUUGUUCGGAAACAAAUACGAUGAUAACGAUUCUACACAUACAUUUAGACAAGAGACUAAAAAAUUUGUGAAUAACAUUAUUCGUGCAAUUACAAGGAAUUCUAUUACAGAACAACCUGAAUGGGUUUCUAUAUAUACAACUGAAUUGAAUGAUUUGUCACUACAGGAUCAGCCAAUCGUGAAUUCAAGCCAAAAAAGUUUCAAACUAGAAGCUAAUGCAUUACCUACACGAGAAUACAUUACUUUACCUCCAAGGCCACCUCAUCCAAAAUUCAGAAUAACAAACCCAACACCACCACCAAGACAUUACAGAAUGAUAACUCCAACGCCAGCAAAACGUAAGUUGAAUGUGAUGACUACGACGCCAGCGCCACAACGUUUCAAACCGGAAACUACGAUAUCAUUUAGACGACAACUGAAACGGAGAGCUCCAACGCCACCUACAUAA